AUGAUCUCUGGUGUGACUGGUAUUCCGCAUGAGAAACUUCAAGUGUUUCACCGUUGGACUAGCUAUGCGAUGUUUGUGUUGGCCUUGAUUCACACAUUCCCUUACAUCAUAUUCCAUAUCUGGAAGGGGGACAUGAUGCAUCAGUGGAAGACAAGUGUCGUCUACUGGACAGGGGUUGCUGCUCUCAUUUCGCAGACAUAUCUAACCGUCAUGUCUUUGCCAUCUAUUCGCAAUCGUUUCUACGAAUUCUUCAAAGCCACGCACAUAUUCGUGGCGGUGGUAUUUGUCGUGUUCUUCUUCCUUCACUGCGAUUUCCGGCUCUCUUCCUGGGACUACUUUAUAGCCUCGGGCGUGAUCUACUUCCUAAGCCUGAUAGCCAGCCACAUCCGUACCUAUCUAAUGCAUGGCAUCCACAACGCAACCGUUGAACUCCUCCCUAGCGGUCUUGUGCGCGUUGCUGUACCAUCGAUCAUCAAAUGGACUCCAGGCCAGCACGUCUUCGUGCGCUUCCUCACUUCAGACCUACACCUACUCACCGCCCAUCCCUUCACCAUCUCCUCCGCAUGUCGCAAUCCAGACGAAAUAGGAAAAGCCUCAGAACUAGUAUUCUACAUCAAACCGCGCCGCGGUGUCACCGGACGCCUUAGAGCAAUGGCAUCCAAGAGUCCGGGCUGCACGAAGAAGAUUUUGAUGGAGGGACCGUACGGCGGCGUCAGCGAACCCCACAUGGCACAAUUUGACACGAUUCUAGUGAUAGCCGGCGGCUCGGGAGGCGGGUUCUCACUAGCCAUGGUAGAUGAAGCGCUCCGGCUGACGGGGACGAAUGCACCGGCAAGCGAGAAACGAGUACCGUCCCGCCGGACCCUCCAAAUCGUCUUCUCGACUCGCGACCACGCUAUGGCAGAUUGGUACAUCGAAGAGAUCGAAUCACGGCUCUCCGAAUCAACCAUGUUAUCCGCGAAGUCAGAAAACGCAUUCGUGACUGCGGUAUCUGUGCAUGUCACUGACCAGCGGGGAUCGGGGAUCUCCUCGGCUUCGGAGUCUGACGAUGUUAAGAGCACGGCUGGUAAGGCACCGCCGGCUGAGAUUACUACCACGGGAAGUUUCAGUUUGAAUGUUCACCGCAAUGCUCGGCCUGAUAUUCCUGGUCUGGUUGCGCGCACGGUUGCCAUGGCACAUGUUCAAGGGAUGCAUCUUGAAAAGAAGCAGCGGGUUGGGGUUUUAGUCUGUGGUCCUGCUUCUAUGCUGCAUGAUACUCGGAAUGCAACUGCAUUGGCGCAGGCUAGGGUGUUUGGGGGUGAGGUUGAGGAGCUGUAUUUGCAUACUGAGCCUUUUGUGUGGUGA